AUGGCUAAUUACCUCAAGUUUGAUGUGUUUGAUUUGGAGCUGGCCAAUAUUAUUUCUGAUGCUGAUUUGAGAAAAGCUAUGCUGGAUAUUAAUAGAAAGUCCAUAACUGUGAUUGAGGACAUAGAUUGCAAUUCUACUGCGAAUAAUCGAUCAAGAUCAGAAUCUGAUGAUUCUGAUAAUGUCCAGCUAUUUUCGCUCUCUGGUCUGCUAAAUUGCAUUGAUGGAUUGUGGUCAAGCUGUGGAGAAGAAAGGAUAGUAGUGUUUACGACAAAUCACAAGGAAUUUUUGGACCCAGCAUUGCUUCGUCCUGGCAGAAUGGAUAUGCACAUUCACAUGUCAUAUUGUACCAGUGAAGGAUUUAGAGUUUUGGUGGGAGGAUUUAGAGUUUGGUGUACAAUUACCUUGGGAAUUAAAGUUACCUUGGAAUUAAAGAGCAUAAACUGCUUGAAGAAAUUGAUGGGUUGA